CUCGCAACUGUCUGCGCGUGGCGCGAGCCUCGAGCCGCGAGCCUCGCUUUUCCCCGGGCGGCGGCGGCGGCGGCAGGAGGCAGCCGAGGCGAGCGGGCGGCGGGCUCCAUGGAGAGCGGCGGACGCCCGGGCAGAGGCGGCGCUUCCUCCCCGGCUCCCGGGCUCCAGUGACCCGCGCUCGCGCCCUGCCCCGCGUCGGAGCAGCCGCCGGCUCCGGGACUGACCGGCCUCGCUGCUCCUCCCCGCGCCGCCGCCUCGCCUCCCUGCGCCCCGACUCGCUCUUGCCCCCUCUCUCCGGGGUGGCGGCGGCCAGGCCCUCGCGGCAGUGGCCGGAGCAGCAGCGGCAGCAAGAGCCCGCCUCUAUGAUGAAGUUCAAGCCCAACCAGACGCGGACCUACGACCGCGAGGGCUUCAAGAAGCGGGCGGCGUGCCUGUGCUUCCGGAGCGAGCAGGAGGACGAGGUGCUGUUGGUGAGCAGCAGUCGGUACCCAGACCAAUGGAUUGUCCCAGGAGGAGGAAUGGAGCCCGAGGAGGAGCCUGGCGGUGCUGCUGUGAGGGAGGUUUAUGAAGAGGCUGGAGUCAAAGGAAAAUUAGGCAGACUCCUGGGCAUAUUUGAGCAGAACCAAGACCGAAAGCACAGAACAUAUGUUUAUGUUCUUACUGUCACUGAAAUAUUAGAAGAUUGGGAAGAUUCAGUUAAUAUAGGAAGGAAGAGAGAGUGGUUCAAAGUAGAAGAUGCCAUCAAAGUUCUCCAGUGUCAUAAGCCUGUUCAUGCAGAGUAUCUGGAAAAACUAAAGCUGGGUUGUUCUCCAUCCAAUGGAAAUUCCACAGUCCCUUCCCUUCCAGAUAAUAACACCUUGUUUGUAACUGCUGCACAGACCCCUGGGUUGCCCUCUAGUAUAAGAUAGAGGGAACUGGGAGGAUGUCUCCCACCAUGUGCAAUCUCAUGGGGAGAGGCUUCUUUAUUUUCCUUGGCAAACAUCUGAAUGACGCUCGCAAACUGUCUGAAUUUGCCAUGCAGGAUUUUCAAACAAUUUGCAUGUUUUUCAGAUGCUAUCAAAUCUUUAAAAAAAAAAAAAAAUGUAUAAUAUUUUAAUAAGCCAAAGCCAUGUGGAAUUUUUUUUAGAUGCCUUAACUGUGCCCCCUGCCCCACCCCACCCCCAUGUUAUUUUCUUUGUCAUUUUUUCAGUUUUUUGUCCAUUCAACAUCAGUCUGUGGUUUUUGUCAGAUCAACUUACUUGUGGGUACAUUUUCCCCCAAAUUGUUCUCUCAUUCACAGCAUUAACGUAUUUAACAAAUCCUGUUGUGGGUAUUUAUGAAAAUCCUGAUAUUAAAGAAAUCCACCCAUCUGAAAACUCAUUUCAUAGGAUCACAAUUUUAAUUCAUAAAUUCCAGAUUUGGACUCUUUCUGUGUAGUUCAAUAACUAUUUUGACAAAGGACUUAAUUUGCUAUUUCAAGAAUUUGUCAACUCAUUUGUCUCAAUUUUCACAACUGGUAUUAUGUCACUAGUUACCUGAUAUGGCCAAUUCUCCUGUACUUAAUAGUCCUUUAACCUGAAGUUCAACUCUGUAGAGUUGGCAAUUUUUAGGGAGGUACUAUAAGCAAAAUGCAUGUAGCAAAUACAUCUUAUCAUGAAAACUGUACUCAUAAGAUUUAAGUUAGCAUGCUCAGUUGCCAAUUCCCUUUAUCAGUAAUCUCUCUUUACACAGAAUACCUGAGAACCAUAUUUCCCUCAAUGUAAAUUGCUUCUAAAAAUGUAUUUUCAGUUUUAGAAUUUACUGACACCUCUUCAGUUAAACUUGCUGUUUACCGAUAACCACAGGAUUAGAGUCUAACCUCAAAUGCCAGUCAGGGUGACUGCAUCACAACUGAGUAAAAUGGUCUUUUUGCUGUUCAGCUGUUACAGACCUAGAUUAUUAGGGCACCUUAGAAUGUCUUAUCUUUUAUAGGUUGUCAAUAGGUACUAGUUGUCAUAUAACUUUUGGGGCACUGGAACAUACCUGAACUAAGAAUUAUUUUGUCUUAUGCUUGUUUUAUACUCACUAAAAAUCAAGACUCCCAUCUAAAAUACAUAGGUACCUUGUCUGAAACUCCUGUACUUCCCCAACCAGAUCAGAAAUGAGGUGGGGGGAAAACUGUUUGAAAAAGAUGUAGGGUGGGGGACGAGGGAAAGCUCAUUCUAUCUGUAGACGUUAGCCUUCUGUAAAUAUUGUACCUGGUGAGUAUAAAGUAGACAUUAAGUAUAGGUAUACAUCUGUUCUACAAAUUGUUAACCUUUAAAAAUAUAAUUGCUGCUAAAAAUAGAGUGCUGUUACAGUUAAGGAAAAUGGGUGCCACUGUUUUGAAAAUGACAUCUUGUGCCAUAAAUGCAGCUGAACUAAAUAUAAACAUUAGUUCACAAAUUAAUGCUGUCAAAGGAAUGAGUAAAGCAGAAAAACUUUUAAACCAAUGACAUUUCAUUCUGAAUUAUGUAGUAUGAUCAAACAUGAUCAUCCAGAACUUUUCUAUUUUUCUUUGUACAGAGGUUAUGUAUUCUGGGUGUUUUUUAAAAAGGAAACAUUUUAAGUCCCACAGAUUGACACCUUCUAUCAAUCUUCAAUGGACUAAGAUUUUUUUUCUCAGUAAUCUCUGAAGUUUCUUUAAAUUAUAUACUUAACACAGCAGAGAAACUGGAUUUUUUUGUAUAUAAGACUGUGUCCACCUGAAAUGCUGUCACAAUUAUGGGGGGGCUAUCUUGUACAUGAUAUUCUUAGAGAUAAUAAUGCAUGAACUUAUUUUAUAAACUCUUGGACUAUGUACUUGACAUGUAAAAUAUGUACAGUAUUAAUGUCAGCCAUCUCUUAAAAGUGAGCCUAUAAAUAUUGUUGUAUAAUUUUCUUUGGUCAGAAACAUUUGGACAAAGUAGUGCCACUGGGGUCAGGAUUUUCUUCAGUGCCAUUUAGGAAACCACCUGUCUUUAGUCUAUGCAACUACCAAAAAUUUGUAUACUACAAGAGGAUACUUUACAGUUGUCACACUUUAAAUUUCACACGAGGAGUUCUUCACUAUUCUUCUGGAACCUAGUCUAGCAAAAUUAGAAGAAAGGCCCUAAAGAGAUUUCUGUUAAGAGAAAAAGCCUACAUUUUCAGGCUCAACAGUUGAAUCUACUACAGAUAACAAAGUGUCUACUAUCUCAACCCUCCAAAGUUUACAGGGUUUUGGGACUGUCAUUUGUGUGGGGUAGUCGGAUAACAUUGGGCAGCUAAAUUUUCCAGUCCCAUGUGCCUCCUAAAUAAAAACAACUAGUUUGUAAAUUGACUUGCAGACACAAAGCAGCAACUAUCGUGCAUGUUUGUUGUUGGGUUUUGUUUUUUGUAAACAGGUGAAACUUUCCAACCAGGCACAUGCCAUUCAAUUUUCAUCGAUCACACAGUUGUAUAAAGCAGCAAAACUGCAGGCGCGAUGAUUGUUGUAUACACUUUAAAUUGCUUUGCAUGGUCUUGUUUGAGAUAAUUGGUGUAAGAAUUUUGACUUUUUUUUUAUAUUUGGAAAUAUCAAAUAAAAAUGGAAAUACA